AUGAAUGAGAACACUAGCAGUAUAGAAACGGGGGUUCCACCGCCUUGUUCGCUCCAGCUGCCUGUGGAAAAAGUACAGAGGAUAGCCAAGAAUGAUCCGGAAUACAUGGACACUUCAGACGACGCAUUCGUAGCCACAGCGUUUGCUACCGAAUUCUUCAUUCAGGUUCUGACACAUGAAUCGUUGCAGCAGCAGCAGCGCGGCCAAGUACCUCAUCCUUCCGACGAGAUCACGCUGUCGUACGACGACGUCUCCGCCACGAUAUUAAAGUCGACCGAUGGCCAUCUGCAGUUCUUGAACGAUGUGAUACCGAUCACGAAGAACCUGAGGCUCCUAGUGGAGGAAAACAGAGUUAGGUACACCACGAGCGUCAUGCCCCCCAAUGAGGUGUACUCAACCUAUGUGAUGGGCGAGACGGCCUUGAAACCCAACAUUGUCGAGAUCGACCUUGACAAUGACGAAGAUGACGACGAAGACGUAACGGACCAAGAGUAA